GGCCGGCAUGAGGGGAGUGCGGCUGCAGGGAUGGGGCUGUGGGGUCGGCCGGGGAUGGGGCCACCAUGGGGAGAAUAUGGCUGAGCCCAUGGGGGAUGUGAGGAGCGCCGGGAGGCUGUGAGCCCCCAAGGGGUUGGAGAACUCGAAAGCUUCGCUGGCCUCAUAGGUGAUUCCCGUGCUGUGGGGUGCCAGUCCCAUGCCACGCUCCAUAUGGUGGAGGCCUUGGUGCCCUAUGGCUGUGCUCACUGUGCUGCAGAGGGGUUUUCAGCUCAACCACCCCAGGAUGAGGAUCUGGAACCGGUUGUGCCCUAUGUGACUCCGCACCACUCCCAGCACACGGUCACUGCAGUCCCCAAGGCCACCCGUGGCCCUGUACACAGGAUCCACUGCAGAGUGGAUAUGUGCCUCAGUUUCCCCCCGCAGCACCAACACCUCUGGCUGCGCCACCCUAAUCCUGUCUCCCAGCCCACAGAGCCGGGUGGCCGAGGCAUGGAGCUGUGGGGUGCCCUGGUGCUCGGCCCCCGCCCGCAGCCAUGAUGGGGGCUGGCUCUGGGGUGGCCGUAGCCCGUUCCAGCCCUGCACGGCACGCAAGCCGGAACACAUAUUUCAGAACCACGACGGGGAGCAGCUGCCUGAGUGUUCCAGGGCUGGUGCAGCGGGGCAGCGAUCUCAUCCCACCACCGGCACACCACGCGAGGAUGCUGCGCGGGAUCGUGCUGCUGCUGUGCCUGCUGCUGCCCUGCUCGGGGCAGACGUUCCUGCAGGAGGCUGAGCGCAUCAUGGACUCCACACCGGUCAUCGAUGGGCACAACGACCUGCCCUGGCAGCUCCUCAAACUGUUUAAUAACCAACUGUUGCUGCCGGCAUCCAACCUGACGCAGCUGAACAACACCCACACCAACAUCCCCAAGCUGAACACUGGACACGUGGGCGGCCAGUUCUGGUCGGUGUACGUGCCCUGCGACACGCAGAACAAGGACGCAGUGAAGCGCACGCUGGAGCAGAUAGACGUGGUGCACCGCAUGUGUGAGCUGUACCCAGAGACCUUCGCCUGCGUCAUCGAUAGCGCAGGCAUCGAACAGGCAUUCCAGGACAAGAAGGUGGCCAGCCUCAUUGGUGUGGAGGGCGGCCACUCCAUCGACAGCAGCCUGGGUGUGCUGCGCACCUUCUACCGCCUGGGUGUGCGCUACAUGACCUUGACACACAGCUGCAAUACACCCUGGGCUGACAAUUGGCUGGUGGACACCGAGGAGGAGCAACCCGUGCACCACGGCCUCACAGCGUUUGGGAAGAAAGUUCUGGAGGAGAUGAACCGCCUCGGCAUGAUCGUGGACUUGGCUCACGUCUCAGUGGAGACCAUGAAGAUGGCACUGGAUGUCUCCAAAGCUCCCGUCAUCUUCAGCCACUCCUCUGCCUACAGCGUCUGCCCACAUGCCCGCAAUGUGCCCGACGAUGUGCUGCAGAUGGUGGCCUCCACGGGCAGCCUGGUGAUGGUCAACUUCUACAACCAGUACGUGACCUGCAGCAACGUAGCCACGCUGGCUGAUGUCGCAGACCACAUGGACCAUGUGAAGAAAGUGGCAGGCGUUGAAUCCGUCGGCUUUGGCGGGGACUACGAUGGUGUCACGGGGCUGCCCACGGGGCUGGAGGACGUUUCCAAGUACCCUGCGCUGGUGGCGGAGCUGCUGGCCAGGAACUGGACGGAGCAGGAGGUGAGCGCGGCACUGGCCAAAAACCUGCUGAGGGUGUUCAAGAAAGUGGAGGAGGUGAAGGAAUCCCUGCAGGGCACACUGCCCCUCGAGGAGCCCAUCGCCCUGGAGGAGCUGGAAGGAGAGUGCCGCACCAGCUAUGGCUACGCCACCACCACCACCACCGAUGCCAGCCCAGCACUGCCCCUGCCAGCAGCCCUGGUGCUGCUGCUGCCCCUGCUCAACACCCUGCUGCCAUAGUGCCCACGUCCUGCCCCAGCCCGGUCACAAAAUAAAGCCAUCCCGCUCGGUGUUCGGGCUGUCACCGCACCAGGAGUGAGACAUCACUGUGACAACACGCGGCCAGGGUGGCAGCAGGGCUGCCUCCGCAGGAUGCUUACAUUAAUCAUUAGCUAAUUAAUUGGCUACUCAAUCAUCUUCUUAGCAAUUUCCUCUCACAUUUGGGAACAGCCUGUCUUUGGAGCGGAGGCAGCUCUGGGUACCAAGAAAACAAGCUUGUGCA